AAAAAAGGAUCUUAGGUGCCAUAUGUCCGUAUAGAAAGAAAAAAAUAUAUAUAAAAUCAAAAUUAACCCGUAAACGUCAAAAGAAUCUCGAAACUACCCACAAUUUUUAAUUCGAGUUGGAUGAUACUCCCGUUUGGUCUAAUCAAGGAGGGUGUAAUAACAACGUGAUAGUCUGGGUGUCUGCUUAUGACCUGGGCUGAAGUGCUGUCAAAUCGACAUAUACAAAAAAGGUUCUGGAAGUUGGUGGCAUCGAUGUGCAAAGGUCACCUUGAUAAUGUUCGCCCGUUGGAAGAUACACGAGUGGUCCAAGCAAGACAUACGAAUAAACUUUCAUUAAGACCAAAUAAGUUUUCCAAUUUUCAUUUAAGUUCUAUCUGUAAUCCAAGAUUCUACAAUUUCGUCGCAGUUAAAUUAACAAUUAGAAAAACCGCAAACAUGAGGGAAUUCUCCACAAAAGACUCUUUUGUUACCAACGUUCAGCCCCAGUUAGAUCAUUCCGGUCACAAAAUCACAGUGGUUGGAGUUGGCGCGGCAGGAAUAGGAAGUGCCUUCAGUAUUCUGACCAGAAGUGUUUCAAAUGAUAUAGCUUUAGUUGAUAGUGCCCAGGAUAAAUUAGAGGGCGAAGCAUUGGAUCUGCAACACGGUUCUAGUUUUUUGCAUAACGCCAGAAUUGUAGCCAGCACCGAUUACGCAGUAACUGCUGGAUCUAGAAUUUGCGUUCUAACAGCUGGUGCACGUCUAAAGAAGGGAGAAACUCGUUUCGACUUACUCCAAAGGAAUGUUGAAAUAGCGAAGAACAUCAUUCCCCAAUUACUUAAAUAUUCUCCGGAUACAAUUCUGCUGAUUGUCAGUAACCCGGUGGACAUUCUUACUCAUAUUGCGUGGAAAAUAAGCGGACUGCCCAAAACCCGGGUUAUCGGUUCAGGGACUAAUUUAGAUUCGUCCCGCUUUAGGUUUUUGAUAUCUCAACGGCUGGGGAUAGGCCUAAGCAGCUGCCAUGGUUGGAUCAUUGGAGAACAUGGAGAUUCAAGUGUUGCCGUUUGGUCUAGUGUCAAUGUCGCAGGGGUUCGUUUGCAAACAUUGAACCCAUCGUUCGGUACGGACGGCGAUGACGAAAAAUGGUCUGAACUUCAUCAGAAAGUAAUAACCGGUGCGUACGAAGUCAAUAAACGAAAAGGAAACACAGGCUGGGCCACAGGACUCAAUGUUUCGGGUAUUUGCGAGGGGAUUCUCAAAAAUUCAAGAAACGUGUAUGCGGUCUCAGUUUUAGUUCAGGGUCUCCAUGAUAUUAAAGAGGAAGUGUUCUUAUCACUUCCGGCAGUGUUAGGUGAGAAUGGAGUCACCGAUGUGAUUAUCCAGCCACUUGAGAAUUCAGAGAAAGCGAAAUUGCAAAAAUCUGCACAAGUUUUGUCCAAAGUCAUGAAAAGUGUUAAAUGGUAGUGUAAGGUACUUAUAUUUUACA